ACAAAAGAGUUGAGCAGAGUGAAAUUUGCGUGAAAUAUUAUUAUUAAUUCGCCAUUUUGAAUUCACAAAUUAAGUGUGGCAAUUUUGAUUUAAAUUGAAGUGAGUAAAAAUCGAUUCUAAGAUGCUUUGGGAACGUGAUGACGAAAAUGAACACUCGAGUUUCGAUUUGUUGGACGAUCACUGCUGUUAUGAAAUACUUCGUUGGCUUCCACUUGACGAUUUGUGCGAUUUGAGCCGUACAUGUAUGCGUAUGCAUAGAUUAUGUAGCAGCCAGUUCAAAUUGGAAUACCCAUCGAAAGUUAUUCACUUUACUGGAAUCGAAAAUGGCACACUUGUGAAAGAGCCAAACCGAGAAAAGUACAUCCAGUCGUUUGAAAAAAGCAUUCAAAGAUUGGUGUUGCACGGUGAGUUGCUUGCAUCAAAUGUUGGUGCUGUGAAUAGAUUCUAUAAUCAAGAUAAAUCGACAAAUGGACUGAUCAAGGAAAUUCAAUUCACCGAAUGGGAAAAACCAUUGGAUUCAAGAAAUAUUGGCCGACCACUUGCUGAUCUGUUGAAAAAUGUCGAGACGGUCACAUUGGAUAACGUUUGGAUCAACGUUGAUUGGUACGAUAGCAUCCUUCAGUACACGCCGAACAUUAAAUGUUUGAAGGUGAAGUUUCGAUGCAUCUUCGAAGAACGUCAAAAUUGGCUGAAAACUGUGUACCCAAAUAUCAAGUCAUUUGAGUACCAUACAAUUGAACGGCCGAAUAUCGAUACGCUGAUAACAUUCCUCCAAUCAAAUCCGAGCAUUCAACAUUUUUCAUUGUUCUCGUAUUCUUCCGAAGAUGUUCGUUUCAUUGCAAAAAAUGUGAAAAUCCACGAGCUUUUCUACGAAAUUUUUGAACAUGACAUUGAUGUUUUAAUGAAGGAACUAAAUGCCCUGGAUGAAAUUACCGAAUAUCAAGACAUUAACUUGCAUUUGCUGAUUGGUGGAUCGUGUACAGCAUCUGAAGAUGAACUAGUGAAGGCAUUAUUACCGCUUCAAUCAAAUAUCGUGGGUUUGUAUUUUCCUGACAUAACAAUUGGAGAGAAGCUGGCCACUACAAUCAGUAAAUUUGAAAAUGUACGUGUUCUGAUGCUGAAUAAAUGUCAAAACAAGAAUGUUUUAGCCCAGAUCCCAAAUUUGGAAGAGCUGUACUUUGCAAGACCAAUCCAAGAUAAAGAAUUUGAUGACAUCUACGAUACAAUGCUCACUUUUGUUCGCACAUCAGUAAAACUCACAAAAAUUUGUUUGCGAGAGCAUCAUGUGCCACUUACGAAAUUUGACUUUGCACAGUUCGAUCAAGAACGUAUGAAGCUCAAAGGUGCCCGAAAGUUGAAGUUCUACAUUAAGUCGGAUUUUGAUGAAAUGGGGAAUUUUUAUCUUGUGAAGCGAACAUUCAAUUUGAUUGAAAUCAUUCGAUCGGAAACUGAACCACCAAGCAAUGCACACUUCACACAUCAGAAUUGUAUGUUUAUUGACUUUUCAGACGUUGACCGCGGUUUUGCUUACUUCGUUUGA